AUGGCUCCGCGGCUGCCGCUGGUGCUGGCGGCGCUGCUGGCGGCGGCGGGCGGCGGCGGCGGGCGGCGGCCCGCGGCCCCCGACGGGGCGGGCGCCAACCUCACGGUGGCCGUGGUGCUGCCGGAGCGCAACGUGAGCUACGCGUGGGCCUGGCCGCGCGUGGGGCCGGCGCUGAGCCUGGCCCUGGAGGCGCUGGAGCGGGGCGAGCCGCCGCUGCUGCCGCGGCCCUUCUCGGUGCGCGUCGAGUUCAUGAGCUCGGAGCUGGAGGGGGCCUGCUCCGAGUACGUGGCGCCGCUCAAGGCCGUGGACCUCAAGCUCUACCACGACCCCGACGUGCUCUUCGGGCCGGGCUGCGUCUACCCGGCCGCCACGGUGGGGCGGUUCGCCUCGCACUGGCGGCUGCCGCUCAUCACAGCCGGCGCCGUGGCUGCGGGCUUCAGCCAGAAACGGAAGCUCUACAGCACGACGGUGCGCACGGGGCCCUCGGCCCCCAAGCUGGGCGCCUUCGUGGCCCACCUGCACGCCCACUUCAACUGGAGCGCCCGCGCCGCGCUCCUCUACGCCGACCGCCGCACCGACGACCGGCCCUACUACUUCACCAUCGAGGGCGUCUACCAGGAGCUGCAGGAGGCCAGCAACAUCACCCUGCGCUACCACAUCUACUCGCCCGACGAGGGCGGCCCCGACGCCGCCGUCCACUUCAUCAAGGCCAACGGGCGCGUGGUUUACCUCUGCGGGCCGCUGGAGAUGCUGCGGCGGAUCAUGCAGCGGGCGCAGCGCGAGAACCUCACCAACGGCGACUACGUCUUCUUCUACGUGGACGUCUUCGGGGAGAGCCUGGGGGGCGACUCCGCCCGCGAUGCCUUCAAGCCCUGGCAGCAGGGUCCGGGCCAGGACUCGGGGCUGCGCGAGGCCUUCCAGACGGUGCUGGUGAUCACCUACCACGAGCCCCAGAACCCCGAGUACCAGCACUUCCAAACCCAGCUCAUCCUGCGAGCCAAGGAGAAUUUCGGGGUGCAGCUCAACUACUCCCUGAUGAACCUGGUGGCGGGGUGUUUCUACGACGGGGUGCUGCUGUACGCCAUGGUGCUGAACGAGACGCUGCGGGAGGGCGGCUCCAAGAAAAACGUCACCCGCAUCAUCCAGAAGAUGCGGGACCGCAAGUUCCAGGGAGUGACGGGGCUGGUGAGCAUGGACAGCAACAACGACCGGGACACGGACUUCAACCUGUGGGCCAUGGGCGAUCCCGAGGGCGGGCAGUACGAGGUGGUGGGACACUACUCGGGUGCGGAGAAGCAGAUCCACUGGCUGGGCCGGCCCAUCCGCUGGGUGAAGGGGGCGCCCCCCCUGGACAACCCGCCCUGCGUCUUCGACGUGGAUGACCCCUCCUGCGAUAAAACCCCCCUCUCCAUGCUGGCCAUCGUGGCUUUGGGUGCCGGCCUCACCUUCGUCAUGUUCGGCAUCUCCAGCUUCCUCAUCUUCAGGAAGCUGAUGCUGGAGAAGGAGCUGGCCAGCAUGCUGUGGCGCAUCCGCUGGGACGAGCUGCACUUCGGCAGCGCCGAGCGGUACCACAAGAGAGCGGGCAGCCGGCUCACGCUGUCCCUGCGGGGCUCCAGCUACGGCUCCCUGAUGACCGCCCACGGCAAGUUCCAGAUCUUCGCCAACACCGGACAUUUCAAGGGCAACGUGGUGGCCAUCAAACACGUCAACAAGAAGCGCAUCGAGCUGACACGGCAGGUGCUCUUCGAGCUGAAGCAUAUGCGGGACAUCCAGUUCAACCACCUGACGCGGUUCAUCGGGGCGUGCAUCGACCCCCCCAACAUCUGCAUCGUGACCGAGUACUGCCCCCGGGGCAGCCUGCAGGAUGUCCUAGAGAACGAGAGCAUCAACCUGGACUGGAUGUUUCGCUACUCGCUCAUCAAUGACAUCGUCAAGGGAAUGGCCUUCCUGCACAACAGCAUCAUCGGGCACCACGGCAGCCUCAAGUCAUCCAACUGCGUGGUGGACAGCCGCUUCGUGCUGAAGAUCACUGACUACGGGCUGGCCAGCUUCCGCUCGCCCUGCGACAGCGAGGACACGCACGCCCUCUACGCCAAGAAGCUGUGGACGGCGCCAGAGCUGCUGCAGAAGGGCCAGCUGUCCCCGCAGGGCAUGCAGAAGGCCGACGUGUACAGCUUCGGCAUCAUCGUGCAGGAGAUCGCCCUGCGCAACGGCCCCUUCUACGUCGAGGGCAUGGACCUGAGCCCCAAAGAGAUCGUGCAGAAGGUGCGGAACAGCCAGAAGCCAUACUUCCGCCCCUCCAUCGACAUCGGGGUGCACAGCGAGGAGCUGGCGGUGCUCAUGGAGCGCUGCUGGGCCCAGGAGCCGGCCGAGCGCCCCGACUUUGGCCAGAUCAAGAUCUUCAUCCGCAGAUUCAACAAGGAGGGCAGCACGAGCAUCCUGGACAACCUGCUGUCGCGCAUGGAGCAGUACGCCAACAACCUGGAGAAGCUGGUGGAGGAGCGGACGCAGGCCUACCUGGAGGAGAAGCGCAAGGCUGAGAACCUGCUCUAUCAGAUCCUGCCCCACUCCGUGGCGGAGCAGCUGAAGCGGGGGGAGACGGUGCGGGCCGAGGCUUUCGACAGCGUCACCAUCUACUUCAGCGACAUCGUGGGCUUUACCGCCCUCUCGGCUGAGAGCACCCCCAUGCAGGUGGUGACGCUGCUGAAUGAUCUCUACACCUGCUUCGAUGCCAUCAUUGACAACUUCGACGUGUACAAGGUGGAGACCAUCGGGGACGCCUACAUGGUGGUGUCGGGGCUGCCGGUGCGCAACGGCAAGCUGCACGCUCACGAGAUCGUCCGCAUGGCCCUGGCCCUGCUCGAGGCCGUCAAGACCUUCAAGAUCCGGCACCGGCCCAACGACCAGCUCCACCUGCGUAUCGGCAUCCACACCGGCCCUGUCUGUGCUGGCGUCGUUGGUCUGAAGAUGCCCCGGUACUGCCUGUUUGGAGACACGGUGAACACAGCCUCCCGCAUGGAGUCUAACGGCCAGGCCCUUAAGAUCCACGUCUCGUCCACCACCAAAGAAGUCCUGGAUGAGUUUGGCUGCUUUGAGCUGGAACUGCGUGGGGAUGUGGAGAUGAAGGGCAAGGGGAAAAUGCGAACGUACUGGCUGCUGGGCGAGAGGAAAGACCCCCAAGUCAUCUGAGCCCAGCCGCGGCACCGCCGCAGAGCCCUGCGCCACGCCGGGACGCCGCACUGUGCCUCCAGCCCUGCCUCCCCGUGCCGCCUGGCCCCGGGGGUCACACCACAGACCGGGGCGGCCGGGGCCACCCCAGCCCCUGCAGCUCCCGGCUUCGGCCUCCUGCAGCGGGGCUCAGGCGUGUGGGGCCCCGCAGCGAGGGCACCGCCUGCCCCCCACCCACAGGCACCAGCAAAGCCCACCUCCCCCUGGGGAGGAACCAGCCCUGAUCCCGGCUCCGUUCCCCCAACCCUCUCGGGUCCUGAACCCCUUGCGUCCGCUCUCCCACGGCUCAGCUGGCUCUGAGCCCCCUAUGUGGGGCCUGGCUGCCCCACAGGGCGUUUCACCUUCUCUUUCCAGUAGUUGGGCCCUGGCAAACCAUGUCACCCUCCCCGGGGGGGGGGGGAAAGACAGGGGCUCCUGCCAGGACUGGCCCUCAGCCGGAGCACAGACGACUACGUUAGGUGCCACUGUUCCUCCCUGUGUCCCCAGCCCGCCUCACCUUCCGCCCACCCCCCUGUAUAUAGCCCCACCGGGUCGUGUAAAUACCCCCCGCCCACCAGGUGUAAAUAUAGCAGUCAGAUAGUGCAAACUAUUUUGUUGAAAUACAGAUUUCCCCAAA